GUGUUUGUAUUUUCACGCUACACUUCUGGAUUUUUCAUUGGCAUCUCCUCAAAAUGCUAAUUAAUUUUCUAUGUUAUUUAGGGACUUCAACUGUCAGCUCUUUGUCUAGCGAUAAAACUCCACAGCAUACCUGAAAUUUGUUAAAAUAGUAAUUCCUGAAUAAGCUGUGAUACGGGGUUUUAGCUUGUUGAAUCCAGUGAAAAUGUGUGAGGGUAGUAUUAUGACUUGAAUUUCGAGGGGAUAUCUUUGAAAAGAGAAAGAUGUGACAUGUUUUGUACAUAUUCCAUACAUCGACGUGACUACAUUUUUUUUUACCAACCACUCACUAAGACUAGUGUACCUUGUUUCAACAACAGAUGGAGAGAUAUUGACUUAAAAACUUGUAAUUGUCACAACAUAAGACAUACAUGCCUUAGGUUGGAGAGUGUCAGCGGAGAUAUCUGUUGAAUAAUACAACUGUGCAACAUUAGUUUGUGACUCAUCUCAACUACUCUCACUUUAAUGCAUUCAAAAUUUUCCGCGUCUUAAUUCAUUAGGCCAUUGAGUUAACGUCAGAGUUACGUAAGUAUUUCAACUAGACCAAGGAAAUUAGCUGCAGUUACUGUCGUGCGUUUGGUAGUGGAUAUGUUGUGCUUCACAAACCGUCUAACUUUCUUUGACACGUGUUACUUUCAGGACACAACCUAAUAUUUUCCUUGCCAUCUCAUACUGCUUCUAAUGCCGCAUGUAAUGUUUCCGUUUUAGUUGAAGAAAGUCUAUUUUGCAUGUAUUGACUCUGACAUUUCAUGAGCUUCUAGAACAGGAAACGACGAAAUAUGCCUUUUAUACAAUUAAGUGAUUGUUGGCGCUCAUUUGUAUUAUUAGUUUUUGUAGUUUAAAGGUUACAACAAUGUGGGUUUGUCAUGUUCCGGUACAUACUCGGAAUAUAUAGUCACUCCUAACUACUCUUGGCAUUUGAUGAAUUUGCUGUUUUGGGUACUUUAGAGCUAUAUUGAAGAAUGUGGUUCUCAUGAUGAUAUAGUGAGUCCAAUAUAGACCCAUUGUACUGCAUAAUUGCUGUGCUACUUUUUUGUCAAUGCACUUAUUGGUUGACUGAUAUUUUCCUGUAGUCCACUGAGAGGAAGUGAAUAUAAAAGAAGGUAUUAUGACGAUCAAAGGAAAAGACUAAAUAAAUAAGGUUUGGUAAAAAUGUUGAAAAAUGAUGGAGGGGGCAUAAACUCACUUCAUUGCGACCUGUUUUGAAAUGUAUCACCAGGAAUUUCCACCUGGUGACUUUAUCUGAAUUAAUCCAGUCAUAGUAGCUUACUGCAUCUUUCUGUAUGACUCAGGUCAGCAGUUAGAGAUACAUGGGUUAGUGCUAUAUCUGACCAUCUGUAGCUUUCUUACGACUCAAACAUACUUUGACUAACAUCGUGAGUCGAAGCAGGCAUUGGGUAAAACACGUGACAUGUCUAAACCAGUUCACUCUCUGCAGGUGUGCAACCUGAUCGACUGACUUGUCUUCCUUAUCUGGUCUUCCAUGCUUCAAUUCAACAACGCUUACGCUAUGAUUUCACCAUGCGUGCGCAAUACCUUUGCAGGUACUUGUGAUCAAAUAGUUUUUGACUUUUCAUGUCUUGUUCCUCUAAAUGACUGAUUUUGCUGAACCUAACAAUGUUAUCUGCCUCCUGUAAGCCAUCCACGUACCUUAAGGGAGAUAAAUAAACCGUAAUAAGUAGAUGCAUACAGCCUUAUCUACCAGCACAUCUAUAAGAAAGUUAAAUAAGAAUUCGGACCUAGGACAUCCUUGGCAUGAAUUAUUGGUCUCUAUCACAUCAGUUGGUUACGCUGUUUGGCUUACACGGUUUUAUUUCGAGAACACACUCCAGCCUAGCAAAGUAAUCUUCCUCGGUAGUACUUUCACAGACUGACGUUGCAGCAAUUUCAGCCAAGUCAGAUGCCGCCUAUUAGUCAAGAAAUAUGGCAGAUGUUUGUUCCGGUCAAUACUCAAUUCAUAAUGACGACGGAUGACCCGAAAGUAUCAUAUCCUUUGCAUCACCACGUUUGGAACAAUGAUUACAUGGCUUUGGAUGAGUUACUUCACCAAAAGAAGCAUGAUAUAGAAAAAUUAGAUCCACAUGGACGAACUCCAUUAAUGCUAUGCAUUGUACUUGAUCAUCUGGAGUCUGCGCGAGUUCUUCUUCGCCAUGGUGCAAAUGCUUGUGUUUCUACAAGUGAAUUUUGGACAGCUGCCCAGGAAGCUAUCUCAACUGGAGAUCCGGAACUAGUGAAGUUAAUUUUGGUUCAUAGGGAUGCCCAAAUAGUUCGUCAUCAGGCUGCAAUAGUUACGGAUUUGUUGCAGAAACUUCGAGAAACACCUGACUUUUAUAUUGAGAUGAAGUGGGAGUUUACUAGUUGGUUACCUCUUGUAUCACGCAUGUGCCCUAGUGAUGUUUGUCGUGUAUGGAAAUGUGGUCCGAACGUUAGAAUUGACACAAAUUUACUUGGAUUCAAUGGUUCAGCAUCAUGGGUUCGAGGCCACCUAAGUUAUAUGUUUAGAGCUGGAGAAUCUGGAGCAUAUAUGGACGAAGUAAAUCACACUGAUCGAACUAUUUAUCGUCAUAAUGUGAACCUGUUGAAUCGCCCCGAUGGAUUAGAUGGUGCAGCUGGUGCUGGGAGUGGCGCUGGUGCAACAGCUGCUGCUGCAGCACAACUUUUUGUUCGUGAACCUUCAGAGAGCACGAUUGCAAACAAAUUAACUCAACCUAUUUUUGUCACAUAUUUGGAUACAGAUAAGAUCGAGUUCGAAAAGAGUAAAUCAGGAAUUCUGGGUUGGCGAUCGGAUCGUAAAGAAACUAUCAAUAAUCAUCCGUGUCAAGUCUACUGUGCAUCGAAUGUUCAAAUAAUCACACUGCGUCGUACUGAGCACUUAACUGAAGAAAAUUUACGUGAUCUCAAUCAACAUUCCACUGAUAACGAUCCUGGUAGUGGUGGUACUGGUCUCGGUAUUGGUGGUGGUGUUGGUGGCGGUGCCAGUGAUAUUGUAUUUCCAGGCGGAAGAGGUAAUCUACUGACAAAUUUACUACAAACUGCUGCAUCUGAAGCUCAAACGAAACCAGAUUUAGCUGUUACACAUGAGGCAGCAAGCUACAAUCCAAAUCAUAUAACACCACAACAGUACUUCUCUUCACCAGCUGGUCCACAAAGUGCCCUGGAUGAUAUUGGCCGACCAAAAGUGAUGACAACUAAGGUGAAGACAUUCAAAGCGCGUUUAUGGAUAUGUCGUGAUUUCCCAUUAUCACUGAAGGAUCAAAUUAUACCAAUUAUCGAUUUAAUGUCUGAAUAUAAUCCAUACUUUCAUAAGCUUAAAGAGUUUCUUACUAAACAACUACCAAAUGGAUUUCCAUUGAAAAUUGAGAUCCCUUUGUAUCAUGUCUUGAAUGCAUGUGUUUCAUUUGGUAAUUUACACGGACAAGAUAAUAGUGUCUAUGGGGUUUCAACUGUACCUAUCAGUAAUUCUCCAAACUCAGGUCAGUACAGAUCAGAUCCUAUAGAUCCGCAUAAGAAGACAGAUAUAUCCACUGUUACUUCGACUGCUACUUCAAAACCGAAAUCUGAUGACCAUAUCAAUCAGCCAUUAAUUGAUUCAUCUACUGAGUCUAAUUCAUCUUUACAACCAGUUAAAUGUAUUAUCGAUGAAAGUGUAUUCGAUGUGGGAAAAGGUUAUCAUGUAGUUGUUGAAAAUUCACCUGGACACUAUGGAGCUUUGUAUGAUGAGGAACAAAUGGUUCAAAUGGCUGUUCAACGUAGCUUAGUAGAAUAUGGAUCAGCUGAAAAUUUGAUUCACAGAGAUUAUUCAUUGUCAAAACGUGGUAUUAUCGAAACAAGAGCUGAUGAAUACGUUGAACCAGAAGAAGCUUGGCUACAACAAGCGAUUGCAGCUAGUUUAAAUCUUGAAGGGGCUGAAAUUCCUGUCACACACGCAGAUGCAGCAUAUAUGAAGGCGUUAGAAGAGUCUCGUAUUGAACAGGAACUUGAAGAAAAACGUCGUCGUGCUGAAGAUGAAGAAUUAGCACGUAUACUUGAAUUGUCAACUAAAGAAAAAUAACUGAUUAAAUCCUAUUUCAAAACUUGAGCACUAUUUUCUCCCCCCGCCCUCCCCCCCUUCACCUACUUAUAUCUUCUCUAGACUAAUAGUAAUAAUAAUAGUGGUAUAGCUUAAUCGUGUCACCUAUUGACUUGAUAUAAUAAUGCAUCCCGUGUGAAAGGUAGACAACAAAAAGGCUAUUGCAUGCUCUUAUUUCAAGCUUAUCCAACUUCCUAAUCCUUAAUUAUUAUAGCAAAAAAAGGAAAGAAAGAUUGCCGAUAUUGUUUUAAUCUAUCUAAAUGUUUACGGGGUUGUUACAUUAAUGUUUUUCUGCUUUGCAUGUUAGUUUUCAAAUGAAUUUCAAGCUGCGUAUGUAAUAUAUGCAAAUUACUGUAAGUAUAUGUGUACGCGCACGCGUUUCUGCUUUAAAAAAAAUGCCUAACAACGAUAAUAAGGAUAAUAACAGUAUUGCUUCUAGUUUCGCUUAGUCUUCUUUGUAUCUUUACUUGAACGCAUAAAUAUGCAUUUUGUUGUCGUUGUUAAGGCUGUUAAAUAAUAAAUACACUGCAUGCUUUAAAACUUGUCUAUUCAUUGUCCAAUGAACUUCAAUUUUCUUCGUUCAUUAUUUCUUUUCCCUUACAUUGUUUUUUUUAUUAUAUAUCGCUUGUAUUAUUCUCAGUUAAUGAUGUAUUCUACUAUCUUUCUCUUUCUUUUGAAGUCAUUUUCCCUGUGCCCUCCCCCUACCCCUCUAUCUUAUCAUCAAUAUGAUCAAUUGUUGUUUACUAAAUUACAUGAUAUCACUUUGUUUGUUGGCUUUUUUUUCAACAUUAGAAAACUUUUUCAUUUGUGUUUAAUUGUUACAUUUGAUUUGAUUUGUUUAUUUACCGUUAUUGAUGAUGAUAAUUCUAGUCAAGGCGUGCAUAUCGUCUUGUCAUGUUGCUUCUUAUCGAAUACGAUUAGUUAUUUAAUUCUUUCUGUAUGCUUCGAUCUCUACUAUAGUUCAUUUGUGAUCUACUUUCAUUCUUUGUAUCUUCAUAUAAAUUUCAUGAUUUUAUCAAUAUUAAUUCAGGUAAAAUUGUAUGUGUUCUUUUAUGUUAUUCACUAUUCUCCUUUGUAUAAUGAAUGUCAUAAAUUGCGCGAUUAUUACUUCAAAUUUUUAUAGGUGAAAUAAUUCAACUAU